UCCUAAUUUUUUUCUCAUGGAUUUUCAGGACAUUUCUCUAGUUGCUUUCUACAGAUUUUACUAGAUCAUCAAGAUGAGCAGUAGUGAUUUUGAAUGGGGCAUCAAGAAUGGAGAUCUUGAAAAAGUUAAGGAAGCUGUGGAAAAGGGAGUCAAUGUGAAUGAUCCAAUUGAUGGCCGCAUCCCACUGUGCCUGGCCUCUGAUUAUGGACAGUUAGACGUGCUGAACUUCCUUCUCAGCAGAGGGGCAGAUGUUGAUGUGAGUGACAAGUUUGGUGUCAGUCCACUUCUGGCUGCAAUCUAUGAAGGCCACACCAAGUGUGUCCAGUCUCUCCUCAAAGCUGGUGCCAAGAAGGAUGGGCGGGCGCCCGACGGCUCGACGUACCUGGAGGCUGCAGAGAAAGAAGAAAUCAAAGCCCUGCUUAGGUAACUGAGUCACGCGCCCAACUCGCCCACCGCCGCCAUCAGAUCCAACGCGCGUCGGAAUAGAGGAAGAUUUUAUGUCAGAAAGUGGCAUACUGAAUUAGAUAUUAACUCCUGUAAUAAAUUUACGAGCGAAAUGGGCAUGCAGUAAAGUAUUAUAGUCGUCACGGGAUAUUUUGUGUACUGUUUAGAAUAAGUUGGUUAAAAAUUUGAUAUCAUGUCAAAAACCUUAGCUUGUUGGAAGUCUAUGAAGGCAAGGUCCAAUUAAGUGAUUUGUUUAACCCCGCCUAUUCACCUACGUUCAGGAGAACCUGGACUUGCCUUGUUCCCUUAUUCUAACUACGAUUUUCAAUUAGAAGCGCAAUGCAAGUACUACAUCUCUUACUGCCAAGACAAUCUGAUGCUAAAUAUGCAUUCCAAAUAACUCGUAUUUUCUACAAUACUUUCCAUCCAAUGAAGAGAUCUUUAGUUGAAUUCCUUUUUCCGCCCUUCUCCUUGAAGAUUUUAGAAGGAUCCCGAUAAAUUUACCAGUGGUUUUAAAUAUCUUAGUGUCCAACGAAGAGGCUAGUGUUCAUGAGAUUGUUUGGAGUAAGCAUUUUUUACUGAGGCUGUUUUUUUAUAUUAAUCUGGCCAAACUGUACUAUUAAAAACUUGGUUAGUUUCAGUAAUGUUUAUUUGAGUUUGAACAGCAUUUCUCUAUUUUUUGACGUGAUGAAUGGCUGCUCCAGUAGACAUUUGUUUUAGUAUUAGAUAUUAGGUUGUCACCAAUGACGGUGUCAAGUCAAAGAUUAAAGUUAUGGUCAAGUUCUAUGGAAUGUGUGAUUGUCUUAUGUGUAAUUUGUUAUGAUAAAGAUAGAGAACUUCCUGUGUGAUUUAACCAAAAAUUGAGCAUGAUGUUUGCUCUUCCGAUGCUGCAUUAAAUGUCAAAGAUUAAAGCGAUUUGCCUUCUCCUGCUUAACAGGCCAGCGGUGAUACUUGGAACCUCAUUAGAUGCUGCGUCAAUAGCUGGAAAAUUUUUGAUUGUAUAUGGGGCGGCGAUGUUUUUGUUGCUCGUCCAAUGUAAGAACUUUCAAUGACGCCAUGACUCGACCCAGAAAGUAAUACAUAGGCCUGUUGCUGAAGGCAUUUUGAAAAUUUUCAGGACCCAGAAAUGUCUGGCAAUUUGCGUAGGUGUGUUGAGAGACAUGAUGGAUAUUUUGGUAGCGAAAAAUAAUUUUAUUUUCUUAUUCACAUUUUUAAUAUGCUUCAAAUUAUAAUUUCUUGUUACGAUUUAAUAAUCUAUCAUAUUUUUGCGAUAGUUCAGCUGUGUUCUGGAAUCCUUAUCUCUUGAUACUUUGUCCCUAGUUUGAUCUCUCAUUCUGGGUUGCGGAGAAACUUUAUUACGAUCUGGCUUAAAGUAGAGAAUUGCAUUGAAACAAAUUUUUCUCAUUGGAUUUCACCUUUCAGAUGUGUCGAAGAUAUUACCUAGGGAUAUUUGUCUGCCCUAAGGACACUCUGCCAGCUUCACGCCACUGCCUUUAAAAUAACGUUUAAUUGCAUCCACUGUGCUAGUUACUUCGAUGGUAUCCACACUCUUGCAUUUAGGAUCAUUUUUUAAACUGGUUUCUGUCAUUUUAUUGAUAGGUCUUUGAGUUUCAUGCGAUAGGUAUGUUUCUGUCAGUUAUCCGAUAAUUCGGUGUAAUAUUGCGCUAACAGUGAAAAAUUGGCUGCAAUCGCAAAUUUUGUUGAUGGCUCAUUUGUAAGUCAUUGAGGUUUCGUACCCCCUUUUUAUUCCGUGAUCAUGUGUUGCUCGCUAUAGUCCUUUCAUUGUUAAACUUGACUAUUUUAUUCUAAUUAUUUUCUUGUCUAUCUUUGUUGCGAUUCUUACCCUUGUUAAACUUCUUCUUUCUCUUCGGAAAUUCUUCAUUUUCAAAUAGCUGAAGGAAAUUUUUAAUCGUCUUGAAAAUGUUAUGAGCUAUCCACUUCAUAUCUAUAAUUUAUUUCUCAAGUUAUAUAUUUUUUUGCCUUAGGCGGUUUUGUUAAGUGCUAAUCUGAAUUUUGUUCCGCGAAAAUGUUCAGGGCUGUCAUUUGCGCAUGGGCAAGACCCUGCAAAUCUGUUUUUGCAACCAAAAAAGGUUGCUGUUGAAAGCUGUGUUAUUUAUUAUUUUAGAUGGGAUAUAUUUCAUCCAAAAUAUAUCAGGGUUUACUGUAGUAUUUCUUGUGCUGCUUUUUACUGUUCAUAGCCGCGUGUAUUCUUUCGAAUUUUGGAUUCAUACUCAUGUGAAAUUUUUCAUUUAUCUCCGUUGGUUCUGCUGUUUCCAAGCAGAAUUGCGCAGCUGUAACUGGUUUGUGGAAUUUUAUUAUUUUCCUUGUUGAAUAUUCAUUUAUAGAAGUACACAAGUAUUUUAUGCAAUCCGCUUGUCAACGAAGCGUGAUAUUUUCUUCCAAAUAUUUAUGACAUUAAAUUCCUCAGGAAUUGUUUGGAAUUAAUUAUGUUUAGACCUUACGAAGCUUGUGGGACGGAAUGAAGUUCUUUCUUUCGUCCUGCUGCGGUAUUAAUUGGAUGAAGUCCGAUCACCUACAUUUAGGCAACUCAAACUGAAGAAACUGUUUGUAAUGCAUCAAUGCGGCGCUAUUUUGAUGCACUCUCCUUCAUCUGGAGUGCAAGUUUACUCAUACUUCCUGGUAUGAUAAACUUGCUUUAAAGCAUUGCCCCAGUCUGCGCUCACGCCCGCUAAAGAACGAUUCAGCGUUAUUCAAGUAGUCCAGUUCCAGUUAUUAUGAUUUAUUAGUUUUAUUUUAUAACGUGUAUUAUUCAUUAAUUGCUUUUUGGUUUGUGUGCAUUAUUCACUAUAGAUUGAGUUGAUUC